AUGGCCCCAUUCGAGUCAUUGUAUGGGAGGCGAUGCCGAUCUCCUAUUGAGUGGUUCGAUUCAGCUGAGAUGAAUUCUUUAGACACAAACUUGCUUAGAGAUGUCUUGGAGCAGGAAGCUGGAGUAAUAGAAGGUGAAUUUGAGGAAAUGGGUACCAAGAAUGUUUUGAAGAAGUUCCUAACAUAUAGAAACCCAGGUCCACUUUACUUGAAGAAAGGCAAACCAUUUGAAGAUAGUGAUGAUGAGUUGCCUUGUUGGUUAUCUGAGCAAGAUAUUGAUUUCUAUGCUAACAAGUAUGAACAAACUGGCUUCACUGGACCAUUGAACUAUUAUCGAGCAAUAGACCGAAAUUGGGAGGUUACAGCAGCAUGGACUGGGGCUAAAAUCCAAGUACCAGUAAAAUUCUUUGUGGGUGACCUUGACAUUACUUACAAUGCUCCUGGGGCCAAGGAUUAUUUACACAAAGGAGCAUUCAAGAAAUAUGUCCCACUCUUGGAGGAAGUUGUGGUAUUACAAGAUGUUGGACAUUUCAUCCACCAAGAAAAGCCUAAAGAAAUUAACGAACAUAUUUACAAUUUCAUUCACAAAAUCUCAUCCUCUAAAAAUCACUCCAACCAUCUGUGCUAUGCUCUAGACUUUAUCUUUAUUCUUUCUCCACUGCAUCAACUUAUGUACUAG